GGUCCGCAGAACACUUUACAAGCAGAGUUCUUGACCUACCUAGCCAACAAAACCAAGAUUCCUAUCAUCACUUCCUCUGCAACAGGUGAUUCAGUCAAUCAACAUCAUGUUCCCUACUUCCUCCGGGCUUGUGUCAAGGGCUCCUUCCAGGCAGCUCCAAUUGCCGCCUUCAUCCAGGCCUAUGGCUGGAAAAAUGUCGUUCUUGUCUACGAGGACAACACUUAUGGCGUCGGCAUUCUUCCGUCCAUUACUGACGCCCUUGAAGCCGUCGAUGUCCGUGUCAUUAACCGUUCCGCCAUCCCUACUUCUUCCCCCGAUUACCGCAUUGAUGAAGAACUGUACAAGCUCAUGACCAUGCAGACACGUGUCUUCAUCGUCCAUAUGUUGCCAGCCGAUGCUUCCCGCCUCUUCGCUCGGGCUUCAGCAACCAAUAUGAUGACGGAGGGGUAUGUCUGGAUUGUCACAGAUAACAUUGGCAUUGUCCUUGAUGUGCUUCCCCAGGAUACCAUUGACACCAUGCUGGGUGUUGUGGGUUUCCGGCCAUAUGUAGCAAAAUCUGCGAGGGUCAGCGGUUUCACGGCUCGUUUCGUCACUCGAUACAGAGCCAAAUUCCAUCAAGAUCCUGAUGUUAGGGUGGCAAGACCCACCAUCUUCCAAUACUGGGCAUAUGAUGUGGUAUGGGCAAUUGCGUCCGCAACUGAGAAAGCCAUAAAUCUAAGGUCUACUCCACGCAACUUAGUAGAUGACCCGGAAGUAUCUCUUGCUGGACAAGAACUUCUCAAUUCCAUAAUGGAUGGGGAGUUUGAUGGAUUGGCUGGGAGAUUCAGGUUUGUUGAUAGGAAGUUGCCGGUUCCAGCAUAUGAGAUUGUGAAUGUGAUUGAAGAGAAAACUAGACGCAUUGGGUUUUGGAGCCCUGUUUCUGGACUAUCACCUUUUCUCAACUCUAGCACUCGCCCAGUCCAAGAUAGACCUAGGUUACGCGCUGAUCAAGUCCUGAGAACUGUCAUUUGGCCAGGAGAUUCAACAACAGUGCCCAGAGGCUGGGACUUCCCAGUAAAUGGCAAGAUACUCCAGAUUGCUGUGCCCGUGAGACGUGAUUUUAAGUUUUUUGUGAAUGUCGAGGCUAGUCCUAACUCCAGUGAACUUGUUGUCAACGGCUACAGCAUUGAUGUCUUUGAGGCUGCUGUGAAGAAACUACCAUAUGCGUUGCGCUAUAAGUACAUUCCCUAUGACUGCGCUAAUUCUUAUGACAAGCUGGUAUCGGAGGUUUACUUCAAGACGUUUGAUGCAGCAGUGGGUGACGUGACAAUCAUUGCCAAUCGAACUAGGUAUGUGGACUUCACAAUGCCAUACACAGAGUCUGGUGUGUCGAUGCUUGUCCUAGCUAGGAAAGAUGAAGAUGAACCAACCAUGUGGGUCUUCUUAGAGCCGUUAACGAAGGACCUUUGGAUGGCUACAGUAGCCUUUAUGGUCGUCACUGGGCUAUUUGUAUGGAUGAUUGAAAAUCCUAUAAAUGAGGAAUUCAAAGGUUCCAGAUGGAAACAGUUCAGCACUUCUUUCUACUUUGCAUUCUCCACCUGGACUUUCACGCAUGAUCAAAAGUUCAAAAGCCUUCAGUCAAAAGUUAUUGUGGUGUCCUGGUGCUUUGUAAUGCUAGUUAUAGUGCAGAGCUACACAGCAAGCUUGUCAUCAAUGUUAACUGCAAAGAGGCUCCAGCCUUCAGUGACUGACCCAAGGCAACUUUUGCACAAUGGUCACUAUGUUGGAUACCAGAAUGGCUCAUUUGUGCACUCAAUGCUGAGGAGGCUUCGAUUUGAGGAGCGCUGGAUAAAGGUUUGUAGCACGCAGGAGGAAUAUGCAAAGGCAUUGAAGCUGGGAUCAAAGAAUGGAGGAGUAUCUGCCAUCUUUGACGAGACACCAUACAUAAAUUCUUUCCUCUUGAAGUACGGCAAAGGGUUCCAGAAGGUCGGUCCCAUUGACAGGACAGUCGGUUUUGGUUUUGUUUUCCCUAAAGGCUCUCCGUUGGUGGAGGAUCUUUCCAAGGCCAUGCUGAAUUUGAUAGAGGGGCCUGAAGGUUCUCAUAUUGAGAAGAAGUGGUUCAGUGAUCCGAUUCUGUCACUGGAUUAUGGCAGUCUGGACACAGACUCCUUGCGCCUCAGCUCACGGAACUUUGAAGGUCUAUUCAUCAUCAAUGGAUGCGUUUUAGGUUUUAUGAUUCUCAUAAACUUGUCGAGGCGCGCUUAUGCAAAAUUCACUGCCAAAAGAAACACUGUUUCUGCUAGUGAUGACGAGGCUCAACCUUCGCCGAAUGGCAACGGCGUGCCUGCUAUCCAGUCCCUCUAGACUGGUGGAGAGUUUCCAAAAAGAAGUUAUUUGUGGGUUUGAGUAAGCAUAUCUUUAAUAGUAUUAAGUAUUACCAGAGAGGUUAGAAUUUGCAGUUUAAAUCAUAAGAAAGGAACACAAAAUUAUCACAGUUUGU